CCCCAUGGGGCCGGGAGCGGGCGGUGUUGCCGCUUUAAGGGCCGCCCCGCCGCGGCGCUGCCCCCCGCCUCCGCGCGUUCGGCGAGCCUGGCGGAGCCGCCGGGCGGCGGGAGCAGCGCGGGCUGCGGCGGCGGCGGCGGAGGAGGCAGCGGCAGCGGCGGCAGCAGCAUGUCCUGAGCCGGGCGGGCCGGGCCGAGGCGGCGAGGAGCCCCCACCACGGAGGGGACGGUGGAGCAGCGGGCCAAGGGCCGGGCCCCCAUGAAGGAGAAGGAGGCGGGGGCGGAGCGGGGCAAGCCCGCCACUUACACCGGGGACAAGAAGGCGCGCAUGGCGGCCAAGACCAACAAGAAGUGGGUGCGCCUGGCCACCGUGCUGGCCUACGUGCUCUCCGUCUCGCUCGCCGCCAUCGUGCUCGCCGUCUACUACAGCCUCAUCUGGCAGCCGGUGCGCGGCGGCUCCGGCCCCGCCUCGCAGCCCCACGCCGCCGCGGCGCCGCCGCCGCCGCCGGGCCCUGCGGCCAGCGACGGACCUCGGCCCGCCGCGGCCUCGCAGCCCCCCGGCGCGGCCGGACCCACGCGGGAGGCUCUGCCGGCGCCGCCGCGGACGGGCCCCGACCCCGGCCUCGCCGACACGGACCCCCCGGCCGCCUCGGCGCCGCCGCCCGGGGCCGAGGCGGGCGCCGCCGCGCUGCGCCGGCUGCACGGCAGCCGCUGAGGGGAGCAGGGCGCCGCUGCCCGCCCGCCCCGCGGCGGCCGUUAACGGUCGCCCCUCGCGCAGGGAGGCGCGGCGGGAGAGGAGGCCUCGGAGCGCCGCGGCGGCCCGCCGGGCAGGCCCGGCCUCGGGAGAGCGGCUCGCGGCGGGCGGCCGCGCCUCGCGCCGCCCCGGGGCGUCGCGGGGACCGGCGGAGGGGCGGCGCGGCGGCGGAGGACCCGGUUAGGGGGGAUCGCGCCUCGGCUCCCCGGCGGCGGGGCGCGGAGCCCCGCAAAGCUCGGGCUGGAGACGGACCCGGCCGAGGGGUCGGCGAGGGAAGGAAGCGUUUUUACCAGUACGACGCCGGUACUUUCCCCCCACCCCGUCUCUCCUCCAAAGGGGAUUUUGUGGCUUCGUUUCUCUUCCCUCACCGGGGCUAGCUUCUCCCUUUGAACCCGCGUUGAACUCCUAUGCUAUUUAUGCCGGUCUGUUACCUAUACGAGGAUAUCGGUGUCCACGUUCUUCACUAUUUACAAGAUCGACUGGGAACAAGAUGGAUUUGGAGGCUGUAAACCAUUAAGUAAAACCGGUUUUGUUUAAUAAUGAGCAUAAACUUAUUUAAAAAUAUGUGAAAGGUAAAUUGACUUGUUUACUAUAUUAAAAUAUUUUCCCAAUAUGAAA